GAGCAGAGGGGGCGAUCGGCCGAUUGCAAUCGCCCCCCGUGCCACUUUGCCCAUCAGUCCAGCUUCUCCGCUUGCCCGCCUGCGUGCCCCCCGCCCUCCGGCACCAUGGAAGCCAUCAAGAAGAAGAUGCAGAUGCUGAAACUGGACAAGGAAAAUGCCUUGGACCGGGCAGAGCAAGCUGAGACGGAGCAGAAACACGCCGAGGAGAGAAGCAAGCAGCUGGAAGACGAGCUGGUCGCCAUGCAGAAGAAGCUGAAAGGGACAGAAGAUGAGUUGGACAAAUAUUCAGAGGCCCUGAAAGACGCUCAGGAGAAGCUGGAAGUGGCCGAGAAAAAGGCGGCCGACGCUGAAGCCGAGGUGGCGUCCUUGAAUCGGCGCAUCCAGCUGGUUGAGGAGGAGCUGGACCGGGCGCAGGAGCGGCUGUCCACGGCCUUGCAGAAGUUGGAGGAAGCCGAGAAGGCUGCGGACGAGAGCGAGAGGGGCAUGAAAGUCAUUGAAAACCGAGCCCUGAAGGACGAGGAGAAGAUGGAGCUGCAGGAGAUCCAGCUGAAGGAGGCCAAGCACAUCGCUGAAGAAGCCGACCGGAAGUACGAGGAGGUGGCUCGUAAGCUGGUGAUCAUUGAAGGAGAUCUGGAGCGGACCGAGGAAAGAGCCGAGCUGGCUGAAUCUAAAUGUUCAGAGUUGGAAGAAGAACUGAAGAACGUUACCAACAACCUCAAAUCACUUGAGGCUCAGGCGGAGAAGUACUCCCAAAAAGAGGACAAGUAUGAAGAGGAGAUCAAGAUUUUGACUGACAAACUCAAAGAGGCCGAGACCCGGGCUGAGUUUGCAGAGAGAUCAGUAGCCAAACUGGAGAAGACCAUUGAUGAUCUGGAAGAUGAACUCUAUUCUCAGAAAUUGAAAUACAAAGCCAUAAGCGAGGAACUGGACCAUGCCCUCAAUGAUAUGACUUCCAUAUAAGCUGAAAUGCACCAAAGAGGAGCAUCUGUGCACGCAGCGGAUGUUGGACCAGACCCUGCUCGAUCUGAACGACAUGUAAAAGACCCUCGGCAGCCCCCUCCCCAUUCCUUUUCUCCACCCCACGGCCCUCCUGAGCAGCAGUUCUCCUCUUUUCUUUUUUUUUUUUAAGGAGGGGAAAAAAGAACCACAAAAUUGACCUCUAAACCCUUUUGAGGGGAAAAGUCAUAAAUUACAUUCCUGAUGUUUGGGGCCAAUGUAGUUUACAAAAAACUCUGCCCUGCUUUUAUUUUUAUUUUCUUCCUUGUCCACUAGACAAUUCCCAAAUUUCCAGCCAGAAGGAAAAAAAAAAAUAGGAACCCCUCCAUGGAAAGAUUUCAAGGGAGCGAGCGACUGAUUGAAAUGCACCUUUUUUAAACCGCGAGAUUAUGUGUGAUGUGCAUUUCGGUUUAACCAGCCUUCCCUUGCCGCGCGCGCGUGUGUUGUGAAGGCUCCCCCAGUGCUCAGCUUUGAAAGCCUGCAGCUUGAUUGAUGUGCUUGUUUGUUUGCCUCUGAAUCGGAUGGGGCCAAUUCGAUCGUCGGUCGAGUAAUCGCAAAAUGGAUCCAUAGAAUAACCGCAAGUCCUAUCGUUGGUCCGAAGAACCAGCCAAGCUUUGUAGCGUCCGCUAGCAGAGAGGGGUUAACCUCCGCAAGGAGCAGUCAAUCCUUCCUUCUCUCCCUUCCAGUUUUUGAAUAUUUAGGUUUGGCCUUUUUUUUUUUUUUUUUUUUUUUUUAGGAAUAAGUCGGGCUGAGGUGCUGUCUUAACCCUUUUAUAACUUUUUUCCAGCUGGGGGGAAAAGAAUGAUGUUUUUUUUAAAAAAUAAGCAUAAUCGGGAAGCGUGUAUUUUUUUUUUUAAGUUUCCUUUUCUUUAAACCCAUGUAAAUCGUUCUGAAGCUCCUUUGCUUUCCUUUCUGCACUUAAUUUCUCACACUUUGGGGAAAACACUAUAUCUGAAUAACCCACGUUUUCUUCCCAAUUAGGUUUAAGUUUCUUGGUGCUUGGUGUUCUGUGCAUAGGGGUAUUUGGGGGGGGGGCUUUAACUUUUUUGGGUGCUCCUGAAUGUGUGUGGGGGGUUUCCCCUCCCUCCUGUUUCUAAGCCAGGAGCUGAUUGUUCUGUCUUAAAAGAGAAACUGGAUGUACGGGACAGCUCGAUACUCUUGAAAAUUGAUCCCCUAAAGGCUGUGUUAAUUUUUUUUAAAUGCAUCUUUGUACAGGCCUUUUGGGUAUCAUACGAGGAACACUACGCUGCCGUGGCUUUUCAGAGCCAGUGUGUGUAUUUGAAGGGGGGGGGCAGAAAUUUGGAAAUUAUAUCAAGUGUUUUGAUACUAAAAAAAAAAGCUUUGGUCUUUUAUUGUCUUUUUUUUUUUUUUUGGAAAUAAUAAACACAAACAUUCCCUUUG